AUGGCUGGUGGCAAAUCCGCAUCUGGCAAGGCCGGUAUCUCCGCUUCGGCCGGACCCAAGUCGCGCUCGAGCAAGGCUGGCAUCCAGUUCCCUGUCGGCCGUAUCCACCGUCACCUGCGUCGCGGCAACUACGCCCAGCGCAUUGCCGCCGGUGCCCCCGUCUACCUGGCCGCCGUCCUCGAGUACCUGACCGCCGAGAUCCUCGAGCUGGCCGGUAACGCUGCCCGCGACAACAAGAAGACUCGUAUCAUCCCCCGUCACCUGCAGCUCGCCAUCCGCAACGACGAGGAGCUCAACAAGCUGCUCGGCAACGUCACCAUUGCCCAGGGUGGUGUCCUGCCCAACAUCCACGCCACUCUCUUGCCCCAGAAGUCCAAGAAGGCCAACCCCUCCCAGGAGCUCUAA